UUGAAGGACACGGUUGCCACGCGGGUGGUGCGCCCCUGGGAAAAUGAGGGCGUUGAACUCACAGCAAAAACGACAUCUGCCACAGGUCGGAGUCGCCAUCAGCUCUCGUUGGGUUCUCUUACUUCCCACCGUCCGCGAAGCCACCGUGUUCCUGCCAUUCUACCCCGCGGCCUGCUAGAGGGCGCCCUUGCGCCCCGGCCGGCUUCCAUUGAGUCAGACCGCUGAGUCACUCACAGAGUCCACUUGUGCGCUUAAAACUCGGACUCUUCAGUAGUCGAGAAAGACGAACACAGAGCGAAUGUGAAGUGUGAAAGGAGUUUGUUUGUCCCCCCCCUCCUCUCUCGUGUGUAUUUCGAGCUCGAGCGUCUGGCAGGAUGCUGACGGUGACGCUGAGGACGCUCCAGCAGCAGACGUUUAAAAUCCACAUCGACGCCGAGGAGACGGUGAAAGUGUUGAAGGAGAGAAUCGCGGAGGAGCGAGGAAAAGAUGCGUUUCCCAUCGCGGGACAAAAGCUCAUCUACGCAGGGAAAAUCCUGAACGAUGACACGGCGCUGAAAGAAUACAACAUCAGCGAGAAGAACUUUGUGGUGGUCAUGGUCACCAAGCCCAAAACAGCCCCCGCCCCUCAAAGCUCCCCAAAGUCGUCCCACCAAUCAGCGCCGCCCCUCUCUUCCUCCUCAACGACAGAGCCGUCCUCAUCAUCUUCAUCCUCCUCGGUGCGCGUCCCGACAGAAGAAGCCCCCGCCGGCACGCAGUCGUCGGAAGCGCCGCCUCCGCCGCCCGCCCCGGAGAACACCCCCACCACUUCUCCCGAAGACGCGUCUCCGCCGUCGGCCGCCGCCAAAGACCCCGCCGCCGCCGCCCCUUCGACAGUCACGGCGGACCCGGACAAGGCCGAAGACGCGCCGACGGAGGAAGCGGGAAGUCGAGCGUCCGUCCAUUCGUCAGCUUCGAGCCUGGCGGACGAGCUCGGCCUGCUGGAGGAGGCGGCGUCCAUUCUCGUGACGGGCCAGGCCUACGAGAACCUGGUGUCGGAGAUCAUGUCCAUGGGCUACGAACGCGAGGCCGUGGUCUCGGCGCUGCGGGCCAGCUACAACAACCCGGACCGCGCCGUCGAGUAUUUGCUCACCGGUCUCCCCGCCACCGAGGCCGGCGACGCGCCGGCUCUUCGGGACGCUCCGUCGGACCCCGCGGCCGCCCUGGCCCCCGCGGCCGCCCUGGUUCCCACGGCCGCCCUGGCCCCCGCUACGCAGACGCCGGCGGCAACGGACGGCGAACGCCUGUCGUCGUCGGGCGGCGGCGGCGGCUCGCCGUCCACGCGGAACCCGCUCGAGUUCCUGAGGAACCAGCCUCAGUUCCAGCAGAUGCGUCAGAUCAUCCAGCAGAACCCGGCCCUGCUGCCCGCGCUGCUGCAGCAGCUGGGCCGCGACAACCCGCAGCUUCUGCAGCAAAUCACGCAGCACCAGGAGAGAUUUGUCCAGAUGCUCAACGAGCCUCAGGGCGGCGGCGGCGGCGGCGGGGUCGAGGGUGCCGCCGAGCCGCGGGCGUCGUCCCGUGCCAACUACAUCCAGGUCACGCCGCAGGAGAAGGAGGCCAUCGAGAGGUUAAAAGCGCUGGGCUUCCCCGAGGGUUUGGUCAUUCAGGCGUACUUCGCCUGCGAGAAGAACGAAAACUUGGCCGCCAACUUCCUGCUGCAGCAAGCCUGGGAUGACGAGUAGUUCAUUUUGAUUUGGUUUUGUUACCCCCAGUCGUAUGUCGAAAGCGCUCUCUCCUUCACACGCCACCAGGCUUUGGUUGUUUUUUGUGUGCGCGGGAGCAGCAUUGCGAUUGAUUGAUUGAUUGCAAAUCUUGAAUAAAUGUCACCAUUCAUAUUUUUUUUUUUCCAAGCUCUUUUGUCAUCCACAAUCACACCUGAUGGACGUCGUCGUCAGUUCCGAUGUUUGGAUGAAGCCGAAACAAAAAAAAAAAUUUGUUUUUUGUUUUUUUUGUGGGGUGGCAAAAUAAAAAUAAAAAUCUUUUGUGAAAACAUCACUAAAAUGAAAGACACUACCUGGACUUUCUUGUUUAGUCCACAAAUACGAGCUUGAUAUUCUUCUGCACUUUACAAAGAUGGUAUUAGGGCCACUGUUAAAAGAAAAAAUAUAUUAUCCACCCUUUUGAGGAAAAAAGGUCGCAAUCUUAAGAGAAUAGUUUUUUUUUAAAAUAUAUUUUUGGGGGAGAAAUUGAAUUACCAUCUAACCAGAAGAAUAAAGGCAAAACUUUUUUCCCCCAGAUAGUUGGAUUUUGGCACCAAAAAAGCAUAAUCUUACACGAGAGAGUCAAUUUUGUCAAGAAUGUUAUGAGAGCAAGUCAAACUUUGAGAUUUUUUUGGUUGAACAAAAUGUUCUAAUUGUAUGAGAAUAAAGUCCACGUUUUUUUUCCCUAAUUAAAAUGUUAUACAUUUUUAGUGAAUUUUACAGAUUUUCCAAAUUAAAAAUCAUGAAUAUUUUGAGGGAAUGUCCAAUUUUUUCCCCCCCACAAAAAAUGUCAAACUAUUACCACAAUUUUAAUUCUUACAAGAAAAAAAUUAUAGUUCGUGAUAGUAAAAAAAAAUCGGAAGAAAUGAGUUGCAAUCUUAUUAAAAUGUUCUUUUGAGUCGUACACAUUUGGUUGCCGACUUCUUCUUGUCCACGAUGGCCUGGUGUGAUGGUUUGUUACUUUUCAGCUUUGUGUCAAAUCAAUAAAUGCGAGCUGGCUGUCGUGUUCCUCCUCC